AAGUGUUUAAGACGCUGCUGUACAGGAUUCUGCUAACAUUGUGAAGGAUCCAAGACUAUGUCUAUACCCAGAGUCUUCAUACAAGAUAGACACAAAAUGUUAGAGUAACUCAGCGGGGACAAAUGUUGAAACAAUUCUUCAGACUAUAUGCAAACUUCACUGCAUCUCCCAGCACGUAUUGUUGUGCACUGGAAUGUACCACCAGCACAUGGAAGGUCACGUUGUGACAAACCAAAAUGUUUCCUUUGUGGAGUUGAUACUUGGUUUCUCGCUGGGAACAUCAAAUUUGACACUGUCCAGAGUUGGGCUUUGAUGGGCACUUGAUACACAAGUGCCCAUCACAUCAAUACGGCAUUGGCCACAAUGCUUUUGUGUCGAGUAUAUUUUGACCAGUUUAGCUACUUUUGAAAUGGCAACUUUGUGUAAUGGAAUAUAUUUUGAAGGCUCCAUAACAAUUCCUGAUGCAUAUCCAUACGUUAAGCUUCAGACCCCUGAUUCUAAUCGUCUUUUAGCUGUUGCUGCCCGAGCACCAAGAAAGGCACUUGGAUGUACGAGUGCAGCAAACAACUCCCUGACAUCCCCUGGGAAAAAGGAAAAUAAAUAUGCUGGUGGGAAUUCAGUGUGUCCAAGACCCACCCCAAAGUGGCAGAAAGGCAUUGGAGAUUUCUUUGGCGGUGGUCCAUCGAAACUGCCGGAGAAAGAAAAUACAGUUCCCUCGGAUGAUGAGCCCACUAGCAGCACGGCUGAACCAAAAAAAGCUCAGAGAAGGGCACGUCCUCUGUCUGCAGGGUCUUCGGAUGAAGCUGCGUCAGGUGAAGAAAACUGAGCUCCGUGUUCUUUUAACCACGUCUGAUACUUGAAGAGAUCUUUCUUGACGUGUAUAUGUGUGUAUAUAUGUCAAUUACUUUGUCGUUUGGACUUGUUUUGUACAGAAAUUCAAUUAAAAAUAUCCAUUUAAAUGCC